UUUUGGCGGGAUCGCGAAGAGUAGCUGUGGGUUUUGUUUUAUUUUGUCUAUUUAGUGUUUCUUCAGGUUUAAAUGCUUAAUAACGGUGGUUAAUUAACUGUUUAGUAUCUGUGAAAGUGCACAAAUGUGGGAAAAUGAAACAAAGCUGCUGAACGUAGCUUCUCGGGAUCUCCAAAAAAGCCACUGAAAAAGUCUCAGAUACCAGGUCAUAAAAUCACUUUAAAAAAAAUUCAAAACCUUAAAACCACAGAAAGAGAGGCGAAAUUCUAGAUUGAUAGAACUGUGCUUAACUAUUAGAAAAUUUUAUUUUAAAAUUAUGGCUACUGUAAAAGACGUCGCUACAUUAUAUCAAAAUCUGAAGACCGAGUGGGCAAAGAAGCCAAGAAAGCUGGACAAAUGUGGAGAGCUCUUAAACAAAAUAAAGAUUGCUCUUACACAGUUAACGUUUCUUCCAAGUAAUAAUGUCGCAGCAAACCAAAAAGAGUUGAUUUUGGCUAGAGAUGUAUUGGAAAUAGGUGCACAAUGGGCCGUCGCCGUGAAAGACGUCAAAGCUUUCGAGAGAUACAUGUCUCAACUCAAGUGUUAUUAUUUCGAUUACAAAGACCACCUCCCGGAGUCUGCAUUCACAAACCAACUGUUAGGAUUGAAUCUAUUAUACCUGCUUUCUCAAAACCGAGUGGCCGAGUUUCACACAGAACUUGAGCGUCUUCCAGUUGAUGUUAUAAGAACAGAUCUUUAUAUCAGACACCCGCUUGCUCUAGAACAGUAUUUAAUGGAGGGCAGCUACAACAAAAUAUUCUUAGCAAAGGGUAAUGUGCCAGCAGAGAGCUACACCUUCUUCAUGGAUACACUUUUAGAAACAGUUCGUGGAGAGAUUGCAGCUUGCAUUGAGAAAGCUUACCACACAAUCCCUUGUGCCGAAGCCGCUAGACGACUUAACUUGUCUUCUCAACAAGCAGUACUUGAGUAUGGAAAGAAGCGUAACUGGAGGUUAGGUCCUGACAACUGCUACCGGUUCACAAGCGAAGAAUUAACAUCUGUGGCCUUCUCGGGCAUUCUUCCAUCUGCUGAACUGGCUCAACAGACCAUUGAGUAUGCCAGACAUCUUGAGAUGAUUGUAUAAAAAUAAUAUUUUUUGAUUGUCAAUGCAAAAUAAACAUUUUUGUAGUAUA